AUGUGGGGGAAAGUGAAAAGAAGAUAUUGGAACAUCAAUUUGCCGGAGAUGAUGGAAGCAGGAGUUCAUUUUGGUCAUGGUACUAAGAAAUGGAAUCCUAGAAUGGCCCCUUACAUCUCCGCAAAACGUAAAGGAAUUCAUAUUACAAAUCUUACUAUAACUGCUCGUUUUUUAUCAGAAGCCUGUGAUUUAGUUUUUGAUGCAGCAAGUAGAGGAAAAAGCUUUUUAAUCGUUGGUACCAAAAAUAAAGCAGCGGAUUCAGUAGCAUCGGCCGCAAUAAAGGCUCGGUGUCAUUAUGUUAAUAAAAAAUGGCUUGGUGGUAUGUUAACGAAUUGGUCCACUACGGAAACGAGACUUCAUAAGUUCAGGGACUUAAGAGCAGAACAAAACAUGGGGAAACUGAACCGUCUCCCCAAAAGAGAUGCAGCGAUGUUGAAGAGAAAAUUAUCUGCCCUGCAAUCAUAUCUGGGUGGGAUCAAAUAUAUGACGGGUUUGCCCGAUAUUGUAAUCAUCGUUGAUCAGGAAAAAGAAUAUAUGGCUCUUCAAGAAUGUGCCAUUUUGGGGAUUCCGACAAUUUGUUUAAUCGAUACAAAUUGUAACCCAGAUCUUGCAGAUAUUUCGAUUCCAGCCAACGAUGAUGCUAUAGCUUCAAUCCGAUUGAUUCUUAACAAAUUAGUAUUUGCAAUUUGCGAGGGUCGUUAUAGCUAUAUAGGAAAUCGUUGA